AUGUGUGAUAAAGAAAAACUAGAUAUUCAUCAUAGACAUGUAAAUAAACGAAUCCUAGAAAAGUCUUGGCUAACGUGGCAAAAGAGAUAUGCUGAUCGUCGCUAUACCAUGAUUCGGCAAGCAUUUUCUUCCUGGCGACAGUUUGUCAUUACAUCGGCAAGGGCAACCAUUUUAAAAAAUAAUUAUAAAAGACAGGUACUCAUUACGUCCUAUAAGAUAUGGAAAGCAAAGUUUUCCCAAGGGCAAGCGUUGAAGAUCUCUUCUUUACAUUACAAGAUAACCCUCUUAUCGAAACAUUGGAAUGAUUGGAGAACAUUUAUAAUUAAUGAAAGGAUUAAGAAACGCCAAAACGAAGUUGCUAGAAUAUUUCGAGAAGAAAGUACUAUAAAGAGAAUAUUUCCACUAAUUAAGGAAUCGUUUCAAAGGCAUCAAAAGGCGAAAACUUAUUACAAAUGCAAAUCAUUCAGUAAAUAUUUAAAGCAAUGGCAUGACUGGGCACAACAUUCAAGGGCUUACCACCUCCAUCAAAAUAGUACCGCUAUGGAACACCGUAAAAUUAUUCUGGUUCAGUCCAUGUUAAGCAGAUGGCAAGAGAAAUUCAAGGAUGCAAUGGCUGAUAAAACUUGCCAUACAAAAUUAAUGAAGAAAUAUAUAAAUGUAUGGAUUAUUAAAUACCACAGUAAACUACACCUCCAUCAACUAGCAGAAAAUAAGGGCAAAAAGUGUCUGCAAAGAAGAAUACUGCUAAAAUGGAGAGAAAAUGCUAUCGAAACAUGGACCGUUCGUCAAAAAUUCAUUCAACGUCUAAAAUUAGUUCGCUUAAGAAUGUACUUUUUACAUUGGAAACAAAAUACAAGAGUCUUGGGCGAUCUUAGACAAUGUCAGAUAGCUGCUGUAACAUCGAUCGAACGUCUACAAAUGAUGUCCGUCUUAAGAUUAUGGAAACAAAAAUUAGAAAAUCGUUUCCUACGUCAAGUUGUGAAACAGAAAUUACGCCAAAGAUUGAUCAGGAAAACUGCUAGUAAAUGGUUGAAAUUACUGGAAAGGAGAAAAUUAAAGGAUGAAGCAGAACACUUUCAAUCCCAUCGUCGCUAUGUCAUGCUACAAGCUUCCUUUCAUCGCUGGUGUGCAGCUUAUGAACAGAUUCGAAUGCGAGAGCAGAGCAUUCAACGAGGUCGCCUUAUACUAAAUCAUCAACUUACUCGUAAUAUAUUUAAUAAAUGGAGGCUACAGCUGUAUCGAUCAAGACUGAUUGCUCCAUUAUUAGCAAGAGUUCACCGAAAAAUAGUCAACAAAGCUUUCGAUAGAUGGUAUUUAUUUAUUAAACAACGUCAACAACAUCAAGAUUUAUACGAUUUAUAUCAAAGACAAAAAAAAGAAAAUAUCUUUCAUACAUGGAAGGAUAAAUGCAUUACGAAGCAGUUGUCUGAUCAAUUUCUUAAUAAAGUACAAUCGAAGAAAUUACAAAAUGUUUUCAAUCGUUGGAAAGGGGGUGAAACUAUUCUUAUUUAUUCUACACUAGAGAUGUAUUAUUCACAUCAAUAUCCCAGUAUUAUGGAUCGAUAUGGGCGAAAUUUAAGAACGAAACGAAUAUUCCGACAGUGGAAAUCUAAAUUUGAAAAUAUUAAUCAAGAACUAGAAGUAAAAAUGGCGACAUUGGCUCGGGAAAAAGCAUUACUAAGAAGUAGUUUUAAACUUUGGUUACUAAAAUUCAAUAAGAAAUACAAAGAUUGGGAAACGUUAAGUUCAAAAUUUUACGCCUGGAUUCGUUAUUAUAAACUCUAUAAAAUGGCUAACGGAUACAAGGAAAAUGCUAAUCGUGAACAUUUAAAGCGAUAUUUUAACCUAUGGCACGAUAUUGCUACCAAAGUAUUGGAAUAUAAAGAAUUUCAAUUACAAAACAAUAAUUUAACGAAACAUCCAAAGUUACAUCCCUUAUAUUUUACAAGUAUUACUGAUAGCCUGCAAAUCUAUCAACAAGUUAAAAAGUCCGCGAUUAGGAAAGCUGAUAUAUCUAAUUUGUUGGAUGAAAACAUGAAACAAAGUUUUAAAUCCAUAAAAAAUACUCCCACAAGAUAUAUAUUAAAACGCAUGAGCCCCAAAACUGGCGCUAUUAAAUUCAUGCCACCACCUUUUCAUCGUUGCCAAUCGGAAAAUGAAUUUUGCCUUCGUUCUAAUUACGAUAAGAAAAAAGAGCAAACACCUGACAGUAUUGAUAAUCCUUUGCUAUCAGAUCAAAAUGAUAUUCCUAAGAGAAAAGCAACACGAGGCAUGAGUUUACCAAUCAUUAUUACAACUGAAUAUGAGGAUGUUGCAGAAUUAUGGACAGAUCGUGUUGAUGAUGAUUAUAGCGAGGUUCAAGCUCGAAUGUAUUUAAAUCAAAGACAAAGUUUAGAUAUACCAACUUGGACAAUUACUCAAAGUUUAAUGAGAACACAUAGUAUCGACAGUUGGCCAUCUCAAAAUAGCGAUGGAUCAGGUCUAAAGCACUCAGAGCAUGAAACGAAAGAUGGUAGCAGCGUUUGCACACAUGCAGAUGCUUAUUCUGGGGAUAUUUCUAGCAUUAGCUCCUCAAAGCCUGGCGGCCCGAUUAUUUAUAGUGAAGGACUACAUGACAACGACUCCGAUAUCUUCAUUAACCACCAAGCGAAAAGUAAUAAGCAACAAACCCUGAUCGAUUCUUACCAUCACGAAAAUGCACAACGUGGUCAGCAAGAUGAAUCAGAAAUUUCAUCACAACAAUCCGUUGAAACUGUUACCCCCAAUAACAAUCCAAAUAUCGAUCAAUUUGGAUCCUAUAUUGAUUAUUUAACAGAUCGAUCGCAAUCCUUGUUUACUAAUACGAUGUUAUCAUCUUAUAGUGACGAAAAUGCACUUUCUGAAAGUACUUCGGAAAUAUCGCCAGAUAUACUUAUACGAGCAUAUCGUAAUGAUACUACUGAGGGUGAGCAUUUUAAUUAUAUAGCUCAAAUGACUGAUCGCUAUUAUUCAAAGAAGUCUAGCCAACAUGAUAGCAAAAUGGAUGAAGAAACCGGUAAAGGUUCUAGUAUUGAAGGCACUAGUGAGAAUAGCCCAAUUGAAAGAGACCAUGUAUAUGAUAUUAAUCAUUGGCCUGAAUAUCAAGAUUAUGGCAAUGGCAGUAAUAUUCCUUAUGCAUCUAAUCUGCAUAAUAGUCAUCAUGAUGAUAGUAGCCCUGAGUUUAAAAAUGAUCCUGAUAUAAAUAGCGAAUAUCAACUAGUGGAUAUGCAUCUCAAGCGUGAUAGUUUAGGUAGUGAAAGUUCCGGUAUCCAGUUGGCUACAGAGGAUCUUAAUCAAAGAUAUUAUGAUCCACUUAUAGGUUUACGCCAUCGUGGGCGAUCACUUUUAGAGUUAAAGAGUAAUCCAUCUUUAUCUAGUUUAGUUACACCGACAAAAAAGAGAUCAUAUACUGAUUCAAAGCCAUCGAUAGAUGAUAUCAAGAAAAAGAUAGUUGCUGAAAGAAACGUUAACGAUAUUCGUCGAUUACAACUAAAUGGAUUAAAUCAACAGUCUCAACUUAGAAAUCGCGGCACCAUAAGGAAGCCAAAUAAAUUUAAUUACAUUCUCAAAAGUCACCCUAUCAGCCAAGAAAAGAGAGAAAAAAUUAUUCAAGAUACUUAUCUGAAAUGGCGCUCAUUUAUUGAUGUACAGAGUAAACGUCAAGAGAUAUUGAAGAAAAUUAUCGAUGGAAACGAUAAUGAUAGAUUGGAAGAAUUCUUUCUAAGAUGGAAGGGAGCUUACAGAAAAAGUGUACAAGCUAGUAGAUUACAAAAAUCUCUGCUGAUGGAAAGUGCAUUAAUGCAAUUAUAUAAAUAUAAAGAAUAUCGAGCACAUAAGAAAGACCGACAGGCGUUAGCGAUGCAACUCCAUCAACGCCUUCUCAUACAACGAUUCUUUAUCCAUUGGCUUGAAAGGACAUCUAGCAAGCAAAAAUAUGAAGAUCAAUUCCAGAAAUUAGGAUUAAUAGUAGAAGCUAAAGAUAAGCAAUUAGAAGAUACCAGAAGAAAAUUUGUGCAAAUCUGCCAUAAAAGGAAAUUAAGAAUUUCGUUCAAUAUUUGGCUGAGUGCAUCCAAACACCAACAAUUUGCUCGUCAAUUUUAUGAAGAAAACUUAUGUAAAAGUAAAUUCAAGUAUUGGUUUACGAGCUUCCAGAAGAGUAAAGACAGAGAGAAUUUAUGCCAUGACUUCAUAGUACGAACUUGUCUAAGGAAAAUUUUCAAUCAUUGGCGAUUUAGCGCUAAUUCUAAAGUGGAUAGUCGCAAUAUGGAAGAGGCGAUAAAUAAAAAUAAUAUGAUAAAAAUCAUGAAAAUUUGGAGAUGGUGGUCAGCAGAAAGUAAAAGGCAAAAGCAAAUAGCCAUGGAGUACUAUAGCCAUAUACAAGGCUUGAAAAGAAAGAGAUAUUUUCAAAGAUGGAUUAAUCAGUGGAAUUACUCUAUUCGAGCUAAACAACAUUACAAUAACAACUUAGCUAAAAAUAGAGUAUUAAUUAAUUGGCAUCAAGUUGCUCACAAGCGUGCCUUACUCAGGAAGCAAGAAGAUCAAUUGCGGAAACAAAUUGUAAACCAGCUGUUAAAAAAGGCGCUGACUCUUUGGAAGAAUGCUCAUGAAACGGAAAAAUUAGUCAAAAAUAAUUGCCAUAAGAGAAUAAUGAAAGUAGCGCACGAUGCUUUUAUCGCAUUGCGGAUGCACGCAUUGGAAAUAAGAAAAAAUCGAUAUUGUGAAAAAAUGGUUAUGAAAAAGUACUACGAUAUUUGGACACAAGAAUAUCAAUCAUUGAGGAAGAGCAAAAUUAGUCUACUGAGAGUGUAUAUACUAAGUUGGUAUAAGGCAGGCCGAGAUGUUAAAGACAUGAACGCUGCCGCUAAUGCAUUUUCCACUUCAUUGGAUCGAAAAUUGAUGAAAGGAAUAUUUUAUCGAUGGCGAACAAUGUGGUUUAGUAAAAAUAGGUGCAAGAAAAUGAUAACGAAAAGAAUCUUUCAUGCUUGGAAAUUGUACACUUCUGAAAUUAAAACCAAGAAAAUGAAAAUAAAUAGUCUUAUUUGUAAAAGAAACCAAUAUCAGAUACAAGAAGCGUUCGUUGUGUGGAAAGAUGCUCUAAAACAAGUAAAUAAAUGCAAAUUGAUUCUGGAAGACUUUUCAAAAAAGAAGGAUUCCAUAGCAUUGCGCAACACUUUGGUAAAUUGGAGAUUAGCAGUAAUCUAUCAGCGACUAGAAGUGGUGCAAAUCCGUAGAUGUCAAGCCAAACAUUUUAAGUUAUGGAUGAAGCGCUUCCGUGAAGAAAGAUUGACAAGAAAGGGCCAAGAGGUUGUAAAGUAUUCAAAGUUAUCAACCAUAUUUUACAAGUGGCAUCAAUACGUCAUAAAAGUGAAAACAUGUCGAAAUAUGAGUCAGAAAUAUAAAAUAGAACAAAUUUCUCGCCAAGUUCAAUUGACAUUUUAUUACUGGAAUAAAACGACUAAAGCCAGCCAAUCUGCAAUAAAACAUUAUCAGCAACACUUGAUGAUGAAAAUUUGGACUCCUUGGCUGGAGCAUAGCGGCGCAAAGAAAGUAGAAAAGAGCAACAUUAAACAAAUCCAGCAACAAAUUGCAAAUCGUAGGUUGAAGCAGCAAUUUAUGAAAUGGAAAGAGCAAUUUAAGAUUGCUGUGAAAGCAAAGACUGCUGUAACAAUACUUAAACAGAAACGUGAGGAUAAGUUAAAGCAAAUGGUAAUUCAUGAAUUUAAAAUAAACGCCUUGGAAUGUCGAGCAGAUCGAUUUCAUAUAAAAAAAAAGUUAAUGAUGGUUUUCAAUGUCAUGAAAGUCCAAAGUAAGAAGUUACAAGAGAAAUCUGCUAAGCUUGAGGCUUUAUUAACGACUGCUUUAAUGCAAAGCUAUAGCAAUUUAAGUAGAGAAUACUUUAUUGAUUGGAAGCAGUCGUACGUGGAAAGAAAUCAACUUAAAAUGGAAAAGCGCCAAUUAUUAAUCAAAUAUUAUUUAUCUUGGAAAACAAGGGCAAUAAAUCAGAUAAAAGCGAAAAAAAUGCGACAACUAUGCCUACUGGAUAAUGCUUGGAGCCAGUGGAGGAGAUUAUUUAUUCGAAUACGGGUUGUUAAUCUCUUCGUCGAGCAGGAUAAUAAACAGUUGCUAAGCAAGGUACUAGGAUCAUGGCAUGCAUGGGCUUCUAAUCGCUGCCGUUUACGCCAACUUUUAAAUAGGAAGAGAAGAAAAUUAUUGCAAGAAUUUUACUAUCGAUGGCAGGAUCGAUAUAACUUUAAAUAA